AGUUUGGAAAGAAAUUUGGAAUUUUUAUUUUCCUCACAAAUCAUGUCAGGGCUAACGUUUACGUAAUUAUUACGAUUGAUUUGAAAUGCCAAGUAAAUAGUCAAGGUUCAAUUCUUGGAAUGGAAGGUUAUGGCAAUUGUCAUUCAUAUCGUUCUCUGUCUAUAGUUCAUGAGUGUGGAGCAAUGUGCGUAUUGCGUCAAGUAAUUUGCAAGCUCCACAGUAUCGUUCACAUUAGUAAAGUGCAGGUGUCACGUCCUUUUGCUCUUCCCAGUGGCCUACAGUCUGACCUUUGCUGUAAGCUCUUCCACUGGUAUGAGAAGGUCACCUCAGUUUUGGCAUUCGCUACCCACAGACUUCGUGGAAAGGAAGAUCCUCCUCAUGAGAAACGCAAUUAAACUAAGCUCAUUGUCAGUCACACAACGGAAUGAAGGAUAUCAAAAAUUCUGCUCAUGUUGUUCACCUUGCAAUUUUUCAACUGUAAACGAAAGUAAAUGAAGAUUGGCAUCUUCGCCCUCCUAGAACGAGUACAUAAUUAGUUCUGAACCGGUUCCAAAAUAACUUUCUAUAGUUACAGCAAUUUGAUUCUUCAUGAAAAAAAACGACGGAAUUCGCAUUCAAUUCGUUAAAAAUAAAGAAAUUAAACAAGAAACGAAUUGCACUCGUGAGACGAGUCUCUCCUCAGGUUCAAAACUGCCGGCCCUCGCCCGGAACACCUCAUUCUUUCACCAACGGAAGCAAAUGGUUCAAGAACUUUCGUGUGGGAAUGUUUCCCAUUCAUUCAUCAUCAACCUCUACUUGUCAACAUCAAUAUGUUCUCGUUUUUUUUUUUUUCUCUUUCACUUCUGGUUUCUCUCCGGAAGUUCCAUCGACCCGACGAGGGAAUUCUCUCUUUCAUUUCGUCGAACUGAGUGAUCGUCCACUUCGCAUCUGCUUGCCAAUUAAACGUUGAUUCUUGUCACUAGCGUGAGAAGUGUGCUACCGGUUGACAGAGACGUUCCUUUCACGUCCACUGUCGCAUACGUGUUCAACAUUGUACAAGGUCUACGGACCGAAAUAUAUGUGUCACGCUGGAAAUCGGCUCGUCGGAGAUUCAACUGCAGAUGCUUUCUUGCUGAAUUGCGGAUGAGAAAGUGCACGUAUCGCUGUGUCAUGAACGCGUGACAAGCAAAACUGAACAACGAAUGAGCGCCGGCCUAUCGCUUCACGCUUGUCGGGACAAAGCCUCGUUCUCAAUACAUUGAAUUUCUUCCAUCAGCUGCCAAAAAGAAGCACGGGAUUUCGUCGACGAUAGCUGUCCUUUUUCGUCGUCCGGACAAUUUCAACAAGCGUGAUCGUCUUAAUUAUCGAAUCCAAACUAAACAAUUUGAAUUGUUGAUCUACAGGAACUUUGCAUCAUGGCAUCUUGGAUUGUCGGCUGCAUGUUACCAUCAACAACUAGCAUUGGCCGUCAUUUGACUUUAUCCGUCAGUCUACAAUCGGUCAUCCUUCUAUCAUUGCUCAUCAUUUGCAAUCAACAGAUUUGUAGCGGUUACGAAGCAGAAGGAGGCGUUCAAUUACGUGGCGGGCCUACUAACAACAACAGCGCUUACCUGCGCUUUGUGAUGCUUCACCUUCCUCCGGUACUUAUCGUUACAAGAAAUUCGAGUAACCAUAUUACCAGCCUUGGCGGAAUCGCCAUGUCAGUUCUGGAAUGGCUAUCUCACACAAUGAAUUUCAGGUACGAAAUUAUACCAGACAAUAUUUACAGCGUCGAGAACAAUGCUGCCGGAAAAGGUCUGAUGAGCUACAUCUUGGAAGGGAGAGCUGAGGUCAUCCUGGGAGGAAUUGUUAUAACAGCAAGCCGCUUUCAGAAGCUCAACUUUCCUUAUCCGUUUGUUAUUGGUCAAUUUGGUCUUGUCAUACCGAAACCGAGUUCCGAGGUUGAUAUCACAGCUGUCUGGAAGCCAUUCCAGGGACAGAUCUGGACUUUUCUGGUUGUCUCUAUGGGAAUGACAAUAUUAUGCCUGUAUGGCAUCAGUCAUUGCAUCAAAGAUUACAUGACAAAUAAAGAAAAUAAAAAUGAAUUAACUCACGGCAAGUUAUUUGAAGAUAUCGGUCGAGCCUUUCAAUACGUUUUUGGCGUAAUUUUAUCGCAAGGUUUGCUAGCACAAGGUGGAACAAGCCGUGACCAGAAACUGACGAUUCGCUUCCUGGCCGGGGCGUGGUGCACGGCCUGUUUCGUACUAGUGACAGCUUACAGUAGCGUCCUGAUCUCAUUUGUGACGUCACCUAAUUACAAACCCAUGAUUCAAUCUUUAUACGACAUACCUAAAAAUCCUAAAGUCAAAAUUACAGUCAAUCGUGGAUGGUCACCUGACCUUCUGUUUACGAACGCUGAAGAUGGGAUUUUCAAGUAUCUGGGAGAUCAAUUGAGAAAUGAACCUGAUCUGCGUUGCAGCGAGACGGAACAAUGUAUGGAAAGGGUUAGAAAGGGAUCAAGCGCUUACGUCCAAGAAUAUAGAACGAUAAAAAAUUACGUUGGAGAGGACCUGAAAAAAACUGGCCAUUGUGAUUUCACGAUCGCGAAGGAACUUUUCUUUAGUUUCGGAGCGGGCCUUGCAAUUUCAAAGCAAGCGGACGUCGAAUACUACAACAGAGGAAUGCUAAAGGCUCACGAAGCUGGAUUCGUCGAUUUAUGGUUCAGUCGCAAUAUGGCUGAUGCGUCUCGUUGCUUGAAUCAACGUGACGUCACCUCUGAGAAACAACGCGUCACACUUGGGGGUUUGAGCGGAGCUUUUCUCGCGCUGGGCUUUGGUUAUGGUUUGUCAAUCUUAAGCUUCUUCGGAGAAUUCAUAUUCCGGCGUCGAUAAUCGCCCACAUAGGAAGUCUGCAGACUAUACAACCCGACGUGGAGCUUAUUUUCAUCAAUGUGAUGAAAAUUUUACGUAUUACACUCUUCUCUAUAGAUUUGCAUUCCCACACUUUAUAGUUGCAUCUUUAGAAAUUAGUAACAGUGUUUAAAUGUCUUAGCAGAAGGAACUUAUUCUGAAGAAGAGAUCCCUUUUGAUUGCUAGAAAAUUAUGUUAAAUGUGUAGCUAGAAAGUAUAUGUGUUUUCACAAACGAGUGGAACUGUAUUAGUUCACUCCCAGUCUGUGUUUUCAUUCAAAGAGUAAAUAAUAAAGCAAUAAAAGUCUC